CGUUAUUUAGUGACUUUAUGGCCUCGCUAUAAAACUAUACAAAUUACAUAUAAGUAGCUGCAGACAAAUGCAGUGAAAGUUAAAAAUUUAUUACCACUAGUGAAAGUGUCAUCUUUUUCAUGAUGAAUUGUAGUAUAUUGUGAAUGCAUAGUGUUUCGCUUAUUUACGAGUAAAUUUAAAUAAUGUUAUUAACUAAAAUGUAGAUAAAGCUGAUGGAUGAAUUUUACAGCCGUGUCUCAAUGUAUAUUUAUAAUACAUUUUUAUGAAAUGCAGGCGAAAAAACGUUAUAUUAUUCUUAUUGCAACUUGCAUUAUUUUAUUAUAUGGGUUUUAUACUGUGCUCAACUUUAAAUCUGAGUUAGUCCAACGAAGUCGUCGUGAUCAACUACCAACAUUCGCAUCAUUUGAAGAUCUAUCAGAGGCACCUUCAUUACUACAGAGGCAACCACGAUCGACCUCAAAGCCAUGUCGAAUGGAGACCUGUUUUGAUUUUACUAAAUGUGGGGAUGAUCCAAAAAUAUAUGUGUACCCCACAGAGGGUCCCGUGAGUGCCUCAUAUAGGAAAGUCUUAUCAGUUAUCAGAGAAUCACGCUAUGCGACAAGGGACCCCAACGAAGCGUGUUUAUAUAUACCUGCCGUCGACACGUUAGAUGCAGAUCCUCUCUCGCCAGAACAUGUUCCAGAUGUUGCUUCACGACUAUCUCGAUUACCUUAUUGGAAAAAUGGCCGAAACCAUUUAAUUUUUAAUCUAUAUGCCGGGACAUGGCCUGAUUAUGCUGAAAACGCUCUCGGUUUUGAUCCCGGUGAUGCAAUAUUAGCCCGUGCCAGCGCUUCAGAGACAGUGUUUCGUGAAGGAUUUGAUAUAUCCUUGCCAUUAUUCCAUAAAGAACACCCAGAAAAGGGAGGGCAACCCCCAUCAGCUACUGCAAAUACGUUCCCGGCACCACGUAAACAUUUACUAGCAUUUAAAGGAAAAAGAUAUGUACAUGGUAUUGGUAGUGAAACGAGAAACUCUCUCUGGCACUUGCAUGACGGCAAUAACCUUAUCUUAGUCACUACUUGUCGUCAUGGAAAAUCAUGGAAAGACCUAAGAGAUGAAAGAUGUGAUGAAGAUAAUCGUGAAUAUGAUAAGUUCGAUUAUGAGCAGCUGUUGUCGAAUUCUACUUUUUGCUUGGUAGCACGUGGCCGACGAUUGGGCUCAUAUCGGUUUCUUGAAGCGUUGGCUGCAGGCUGUGUACCUGUUUUACUAAGUAACGGCUGGCGUUUACCCUUUGAUGAACGCAUUGAUUGGCGUCGUGCUGUGAUUUGGGCGGACGAGCGGCUACUUUUGCAGGUACCCGAGCUUGUACGUUCAGUUUCACCCGAACGUGUUCUGGCUCUACGGCAACAAACGCAGCUUUUGUGGGAGCAAUAUUUUUCAUCCAUCGAAAAGAUAGUUUUCACUACGAUUGAGAUUAUAUUAGAGAGGAUAUCAGCCCAUAGAACGUCGCGACAGCGGGAAGCACUUAUUUGGAAUGCUUCUCCUGGAGCGUUGGGGACGCUUGUUUGCUAUGGAGAUUCGAGAGCGCAUUUGCCAUUGGGUGUGGCCGCGCCGCCCGCACCGCGAGCCCCACAGGCGCCGCCGUCUCCGUUGCCCGCGCCUUCUGUACCACUGACGGCACCGCCGCCCACCAGUAGUGGUACAUACACUGCCUUGCUGUACGUGCAAGCCACUUCGCCAGCUCUGCACAAGUUGCUCGCUAACAUAGCCAACAGUGAAUUCUGCGAGAAGAUUGUGCUAGUGUGGGACAGUGAACGCGCGGCACCAUCGUUGAAGUCUCUGUCUAGAGUAGCAGGAGACACACGUGAACCACUUCCAGUCUUAGUCAUAGACGCUACUACUCAUUAUCCUGGGGAAGGAGUUUCUGCUAGGUGGAAACCCCUUUGGGCUGUUCCUACGGCUGCUGUGUUUUCAUUGGAUGGAGAUGCACCCUUGCUUGCAGAAGAGUUAGACUUCGCAUUUAAAGUGUGGCAGAAUUUUCCUGAACGAAUUGUUGGCUAUCCAGCUAGAAGUCACUUCUGGGACGAAGCAAAAGGUGCUUGGGGGUACAGCAGUAAAUGGGGCGGGGCAUAUUCAAUGGUAUUGCCGGGCGCGGCGCUAGUGCACCGCGCCACCCUCGCGCUGUACGAGGCGAGCGCGCCGGCGCUGCGUCACGCCGUGCGCCGCGCGCGCAACUGCGAGGACAUCCUGCUUAACUGUCUGGUGGCGCACCUCACGCGCCGCCCGCCGCUCAAGCUGGCGCAGCGGCGCCGGUAUAAGGCGGCGCACCACCGCUACAAGUCCCCUUGGAGUGAUCCGGAGCACUUCGUUCAGCGGCAAUCCUGUUUGAACACUUUUGCGACAGCGUGGGGCUAUAUGCCACUGAUGCGUUCCGUUCUCCGAUUAGACCCCAUAUUAUUUAAAGAUCCCGUAUCUACAUUGAGGAAGAAAUAUAGAAAAAUGGAAUUAGUAGCAUCAUAAAUCUCUUUCCUAAAUAAAAUCCUCGUGGUUUUUAUUAAGUAGUUAUCAUAUAAUAACAAUAAUACAGAUAUUGAUGCUGAACAAUAGACUUCGUUUUCCGAUUAAACUUAUAAAUAUAUAUGAUAUAAUAUGUUGGUCAGUUUGAGAAAAAAAAAGCAACAAAAUGUGACACCGCUCGAAUUUUAUAAUGCAAUAAAAUUUCAUUUGUUAUAUUGCACGUGAUAUAACAAUCUGGCGUCUGGAUGAUUUGUAAAUUCAUUCGCUUGAAAUUAUCAAAACAUAUUUUAUGGGGGAUGCAUAAUUGCACUUUUGACCUUCGUUUGUUAUGGACGCAAUAGUAACCUUUUUAUAAAAAAAAAAAUUCAUUGGUUUGAAUUCUGAAAUGCGAUUUUUUAAAACAAAACCUUUUUUAUUCUUUUAAGGGACUUGGCCCAAAUUAUCCAUACCUGCCCCAUACUAACCUGACCAAACAAUUUGAUUUUAAUCAAUUAAUAUUCAUUACACAAAAAUUUUGCUCCUCCGAUAGCGGGUUGACUAGAAAACAAAGCAUUCGUUAACCACACCAUAUAGGAAAAGUUAAGGAAAGUGGUUCUAAUUCUAAUCCAUCCUGAUACCUGGGCCGUGUGGAUUAUUUUGAUGUAUUUUUUUUCUCAAAGUAUUUAAUUAUGAUAUUAUGAAUCUCCUCAGUUUGCUGCAAACGGCCAUGAGAGAUGAGAGACAGUUGGCAGUUAGGCCCUUUUAUUAUCAUUUUCCACCUUUAUUCAUUGUUUGUUCCUUGUAGUCAUUUUGUAAAUUGGUCCUUGUGUAAUUUUUUAUGUUAAGUAUAGUUUGCAUUUAAAAAAUAUUUUUUAAUAAGUUGUGCAUGUUCGAGUUGUUAGAUUACUUUGACGACGACGACGACGAUGAUCACGUUUCUGAUCCAUCUUAUUUUUAACCUGUUUAUAAUAAUUAUGUACAUAAAUAAUACGCUGAAAAUUCAGAAACCGAAGAGAAACUUAUUUUCACGGAUGUGACAAAUACUUCGUCCAUUUUCCUUUCAACCGUUUGCAGAGGAGACCCUGAGGUGCUGGUUGUCGUUUGUAAUGUAAAUGAUCUAAGUUGGAAUUCAUACUUAUACUCUAUACGCUGACGGAUUGACCAUAGAUAAAAAAUAUACAGGCGCCAAAGUAGUCAAUAUGUGGCAGUGUAUUUUCCAUUGCCUGGGAGGAGUGUUUUUUUUUUAAGUUGACUACUUAUUACAUAUUUAUUUUUAUUUAUUUAUUUGUUUAGUCAGGCAACGUAGGCCCAUAGAUAAAUACCUUAUAGUCUAACAUAAAUACAGAUAAAGGUAAUACAUUAAAUGUUAGUAAUUAAAAAAUAAUAAUAACUAUGUUAGUAGAAACCUAAUUAACACGUAUAGACGGCGACGUGUGACGCGGAGUGGUGUCAGGUAGCCGGCCUCGGAACCGCCGGAACACAACACCUUUCGGCCAAAAAUCUUCUUUCAUGAACGUCGCCAGAUGUUCGGUUGGCACCCGCACCACAAAGGAAUUAAAAUUCACAUUGUGACGGGACUCCAACCGUGCGACUCUGAGGGAGAAUUUGGUCUUAAUCCGCAGGUACUCUACGAUCUCCUCUUCUUUCGUAGAGUAAUGCAGUCGGGACACGUACACAGCGGUGUCGUCGGUAUUGCAGGACGCAGCAGAUGGUUCGGUCCGGUCGGGGCGGCACCACACAGAUUGCGGCGAAUGGGCUUCCUCUUCUUCCUUUCCACUUUAAUGAAACCCUCUUCGUCAGAAAUCCGCUUUUGUGACGCUGCCGGAGUAGCACGUUGGAUGCUGAGUUUGCUACUCUUCUAUGUUGGUUGUUUACUACGACGCUCGCAAUUCGGAACCGCAUCAACGGGUCGGCUGGCGGCUGCAGCUGCGUAAGCACGUUGCGGUGUAGACGUGCAUGCGCUUGACGUCUCCGGUGUGACGGAGGGGCGGGCGGCGGCGGCGGGGCGCGAGUCAUCGCUCGCGGUGACGGCGGCCGGUGACGCACUCGCAGGCGCCGACUCAAUGCCGCUGACGGAUGCAUUUUGCGCCCCACGACGUGUGUUCACGUUAGAGGCUUCGGGUGACCUACUUGCGCAGGCAUUGUUGCUUAAUAAGUCUACCUGAGCUCGCAACUCACCGAUCGAUGGUGUUAUUCGCGUCCUCCAACUUGCUCACUACAUCGGCCAGGCUAGCUUUCAGGAAGUCGAUGUCCUUCAGCAGCCUGGUGACAUCGACGUGGUCGAACGUGACCGGGGGCAGCUUGUGCAGCUCCUUCGCCAAGAAUGUAGGCACGUCGUCCGGAUCCGUCUCCUUUAGCAGGGUGAUUAUAUCCUGCAUACUCUUUUCUGUUCCAUCCCUCCGUCGAGAUGGCAUCUUGUCUUGCCUUGCCGACACACCUAACAGCAGCGCCUUGUCAAUGCAAACCUCAUCCUCCUUGAAGUUGGACAUACAGAUUUGCAGAAUGCUGACCUCGUCCAUGGUGUCAAUGGCGUAUUGUAUAAACGCCAACAACUCGUUAGCUAUGAGUUGAUCGGAACUCAUUGCUACCGACUCACGACGGCUGUUGCCGUGUGGAGCGCGAAUUAAAUUCUUACUGUACAGUGGCACACGACCGCUUGCAAGUACGCAUCGCACUGCACUGCGAUAUACAUACACUACUCUAAUUAUUACAAGGGAAAUUUUGCGAAACGGUCGCAUUUGCAAGUAACCUACCUACUGACUGUCCGUCCGCGUAAGAGGAAUUUAUACAUCAUAAUUUUCAGGUCAAUCUAGACUAGACAUUCAAAGUUACAUUUAGCUGGAAGUGAGGUAAAUUGUUCAAAACAUAAAUUAACAUUUAAAUAUUUCUCAUCGUUCCGGUACUUAUAAAACAAUUGACUCGAGGUCAACAGUUAAAAGGUACCUUUUAUCGUAAAAUUACCUCAGACGAAAAUUUUAGAUCAUAAUAUUUUCUAAAAAAAAGUUAUGUAUAUUUUUUCCUAAGAGCCAGAGCCACUCUUGAGAUAUAACGAUUCAAAAAGUUGUCAGCAUCAUAAUAUGCACACGUUUCCACGCAACCUCUGAGGUACUGUACUUACAUCGUUUUUUUAACGUGGUUUCCCCAGUAGGCCUAUUCCAUUAGUCUGUUGUGAUGUGAUUCUGUUUAAUUGGGAACUUGCAUUAUAACAAAUAUUAGCAAGGGUUCGAAAAGCGAUGGAAAUUAAAAAACAGUAGAAAAAAUUAUUCGUCCGAUUCAUAAUAUUUAAUUACUUAUUUAUUACUGUUCUUAUUGUUGUUUUUCUUGAUCUUCUUGAUAUUCUUUUAUAUCAUGGGUAUAAGUGAAUUAGUAAAUUUAUAUAUCAACCCACAUUCUUAUUUUUC